AGCUCGUUUAUCUGGGAUAACCCAACUGACAUUACUUCCAUAUAUAACGAUUUGUUCAUCGCUACUUGAUUCAGUCGAUCGUGUGAGAAAGUAGAAGUCAGAGGUGUUAGAUAGCAAUAAUUAUGAAGUUAAAGUUCCUUAUAUUACCAUUUUUGGUAAUAUUAAACUUAAGAUCAGCGUUUUCCGCACCAGGAGAUGUAAGUUUUAUUGUAUCGACAACUGAACAACCAAAAGAAGGCAAGGAAGGAGAGCUCACAGAACUUGAAGAUGCUAAUCUAGUUCCUGUCAUUUAUGAAAUGGAUGUACUUUCCAAUGUAACGAAUCGUUACGCUAAGACUGUGAUAACAAAUAGGGUUAAAAAUCCAGCUAAGUCAGCCAAGCAAACGACCUUUUCAGUCGUUUUACCUGAAAAAGCAUUUAUAUCAGAAUUUGUAAUGGAAAUUGGCUGGAACAAAUACAAAGCUUACGUCAGGGAAAAGGAGGAGGCUAAGAAAAUAUAUACCAAGGCAGUAGAAAGUGGCCAAAGCGCAGCUCAUGUAGCGAUAAGUACCAGAGAUUCUAACACCUUUACAGUUUCCGUUAACGUUGGAGCUGAAGAAAAGGCAACAUUCUAUUUGACAUAUGAAGAACUUUUGGAAAGAAAAAAUAACCAAUACGAAUUAGUUCUUAACAUUCGUCCUGGACAAGUAGUUGACCAUCUUAAUGUUCAAGUAUACAUCAACGAAUCCAGACCCUUGGUUUUUGUGAAAACUCCAUCUCUAAGAUCUGGCAACGAGAUCGCUAAAAACAACGAUAAACUCGACCCUGCAUCUUUCAUAGAAGUCAUUAACUCAACCAGUGCUCUGGUUAAGUUCCAACCAGACGUUGUAAAACAACAGGAAUAUGCUAAAGAAUUAGGAGGAAUAGAAUUGAAUGGCCUUUCAGCACAAUUUGUAGUUCAAUACGAAGUUGAAAGAGACCCACAAGGUGGAGAGGUUUUAUUGCAAGAUGGAUACUUCGUACACUUUUUUGUACCAAAGGACGCAGAAGUCAUCCCCAAGCACGUAUACUUCAUCUUAGAUACAAGUUCCAGUAUGUACGGUAAUAAACUCCAACAACUUAAAGAUGCCAUGACCAGUAUUUUGGAUGAGAUCAAACCUGAAGACUCACUCAGUAUUGUCGAAUUCAACAGUGAGAUAUACGUGUGGGAUAUAGAAAAUGAGAAAUCAAUUCUUGCUCAGUGGGACAACUACAGGGAACCGUUUGAACAAUUAGGUAAACUAAACUUACCAGGACCAGUAUCAGCAACAAAGGAAGCAGUUGAGAAAGCUAAGAAACUUGUCGACAAUAUGCAAGCUGGAGGUGGUACUCACAUGAUUGGUGGAUUGGACGCUGGUUUAUAUCUUGUAAAAUCAGAAAUUGAAAGAACUAAAGAAAGCAAUGACCAGAGACACCCCCUUGUAAUAUUCCUAACCGAUGGACAGCCCAACAUAGGUUUACAUUCUACAGUUGAAAUUAUUGAUGUGGUUACUAAGUUAAAUGAAGACAACAUCAAAGCUCCACUGUACACUCUGGCUUUUGGAGAUUCUGCCGAUGAAGGGUUCUUAAGAAAACUCUCUUUGAAAAACAAAGCAUUCUCAAGACAAAUUUACGAAGCAGCAGACGCAGCCAUCCAAUUGCAACAAUUCUACAGACAAAUAUCUUCCCCACUUUUAUCAGAUGUUCAUUUUAAAUACAACGACGACGCUAGUGAAGUAACAAACACAGGUUUUCCCAUUUUGUACGCUGGUGGGGAAAUUGUAGUUACUGGACGAUUCGUAGGUAACAAAUUUGAUCCUGCAAUUAGAGCUGUUGGUAAACGAGGACCUUUAAUAUAUAGACCACAGGUUCACAAGCCAGUAAAUUCGUUGGAGCGUCUGUGGGCAUACUUGACUGUAAGGGAAACCCUUGAGAAAAUGAAAAUUGCCAAAGAUAAAACGGAACUUACUAAGAAAGCUUUAAGGCUAGCACUUAAAUAUUCUUUUGUUACUGAGGUGACAUCAUUGGUUGUAGUGAAACCUAACUCUACACGUCCCAUAUAUCCAGAUGACGGAUAUCUUCGAAAUGAAAGACCAUAUUAUUCGAGCCCAGAUUCCGGAUCAUUCGGAAGAGUUGGACAUCCUGCUGGUGGUCAACUUUUAAAAAGUAAAGUAGCAUAUCAAGCUCAAGACUCCAUUUCAGUCGUAAGCAACAGGGGACCCGUGUUUCAUCCUGUACAAAAACCACGAAGACCAAGAGUGCGACCAACAACACAUAAACCAAUACAAGUGCCAACACCGACUGAAACAUCUAAAAACGCCACACUAGAAGACUCUUUAAAAUGGUUAUCAGCUGCUUUAAGUGAAAAGAAAACUUUAUCCGUGCCAUUAGGUGAAUUAAAACUUGGUGAAGAUUCAUUAAAAAUUGCUGCCACUGAAGCUUGUCAAAAAACACCCGAAGGCAAAGAAGGUGUUUGCUCUCUUAUUAAAGAUUGUCCUCAAGUAUUCCCACAACUGACUGAUUUCGAAGUAUACAAGACUUUCUCUUGUGUCGUACAAAAUGAAUAUGCUGGAGUAUGCUGUCCCAAGAAACCUGAAGUGGCUGCUUAAGAUUAUUGUUGACUGUUGUUAUUUUGUAAUGAAAUAUAGAAGUUGUUAAAAGUUAUAUUUUUGUAAAUGGAAGAAAAUUGUUUUUUUAAUAAAUAAAUUCAUUUUUACGUU